AUGAAGAUGCUCUGGCCUCGUUUUGUGGUUUCUUCUUAUAACCUCGUGUCUGUCUCCCCAUCCAGAUUUCUUUCCCCUGAUUUCUGGCUUUUGAAUCCGACUGACAAUUUUCAGGUGUUAAAGAUCAGACGAGCAUCCAAUGGUCGGAUCGUAUUUCUUCUGUUCCCCCUUAACUUUUUGCAACUUGAUCUCCCAAAAUCGCAGAAAGAAGCCAAUUCAUUGUCAAUUUCAUGUUUAUCCACUCAGAGUCAGGGGACUCUCUCGAAGCCUUGCUUUCUAAACAUCAACCCAAGUGAUUAUCCAUAA